AUGGGGAAGGUAGAUGUUCCAAGUGUUCAUGGAGGAUUAUCACCUGAAGUUAGAACAUUAGAUCAAAUAAGAAUAAUACCAAGAGCACAAGAAAUUCCACAUGAGGGAUCAUUUUGUGAUUUGAUGUGGUCUGAUCCCGAAGAUAUUGAAACAUGGGCUGUUAGUCCACGCGGAGCAGGAUGGUUAUUCGGAGCUAAAGUAACAAACGAAUUCAACCAUGUUAACGAUCUUAGUUUGAUAGCUCGAGCACAUCAACUAGUUCAAGAAGGGUUUAAAUAUAUGUUUCCGGAUGACAAUCUUGUAACAGUAUGGUCAGCUCCUAACUAUUGUUACAGGUGUGGUAAUGUAGCAUCAAUUAUGCAAAUUGAUGAAAACUUACAAAUCGAUGAAAAUAGCUUUAAAAUUUUUAAUGCCGUACCUGAUCAAGAGCGUGUUAAUCCAGCUAGAGCAG